CGAUUCUCCUCUAUCAACACACAAACAACUAUCAAUCUCGAAAUACUCUUGAGUUUCAAUCAGCCACACACACACACACACACACACACACACACACACACACAUCUACUACACAAAGUACAAACACAAAUCAAUCAAAAUGGGAGCCGUCGUUUCUUGUAUUACUGGCAUGUUCCGCGCCAUCGGUGCUGGUCUCAUGGCCGUCGUUAACGGAAUCGGAGCCAUCCUCACCGGCAUCAUCAACGCCAUCGUCGCCUUCUUCGAUGUCCUCAUCUCCUGCUUGACUUGCGGAAGCUGCGGCGGUAGGAGAAGAGGUAGACAUACGACAAGUCAUGUUUAG